AUGGUAUCCGUCGAACUUGGGUUACUCCUUGUUGCGAUCGUUUUAGCAACAAUAGGGUUCAAAUUACAAAAAUCGCGCUACAGAAGGCUACCACCAGGACCAUACCAGUGGCCAUUCGUGGGUAACGUGAAGCUACUAAGGGGCUUGAGCCAAAAAUUGGGUGGUCAGCACGAGGCCCUUCUCGAGUUGAGCCGGCGGUACGGGAGUCCGGUUCUGAGACUCAAACUGGGCGGGCGUAGCGAUACGAUCGUCGUGUCGGGGAUCGAGUGCAUACACGCUGUUCUCAGCUCCGAAGAUUAUGAUGGCAGGCCCUGGAAUUACUUUGUCCAGUUGCGCAACAUGGGAAAGAAGAAAGGUAUAACGAUGAACGACGGGCCCGAUUGGCGGGAGAUCCGGGGCUGGUUCGUGCGAAGCAUGAGAUCGGUAGGAUUCGCGAAGCGCGAGAUGUCGGACUUCAUCAAACACGAGCUGACCGAAGUACUUCAGAACAUCGGGGACGGCGGUGUGAGGCGAAUCAAGCCGGUCAUAGUGCCGGCUAUCAUCAACGUUCUCUGGACCUUCGCGACCGGCAAUCGGUUCGACGAGGAAAGAUUGAAGCACUUCACCAAUUUGAUGGACAGAAGAGCGCAAGCCUUCGACAUGUCGGGCGGCGUACUGGCGGCUUACCCUUGGCUACGGUACAUAGCGCCCGAAUGGUCGGGCUACAACCUCCUAGUUACCGUCAACAGCGAAUUCAAAGCCAUCCUCAUGGAGACGAUCGACAGUCACAAGAAAAACCACGUGCUCGGCAGCGAGGCCGAUCUCAUCGACAUGUUCCUCAACGAGAUGUACGGCGGAAAGGGCCCCGAGGCUGGCUUCGACGACGAUCAGUUGGUCAUAAUAUUGUUGGACGUGCUACUGGCGGGGCUUAACAUAACGGCGCUGACGUUGGAGUUUUUGUUCCUGAACAUGCUGAUCAAUCGUGACGCCCAGAGGAAGCUGCACGAGGAGAUCGAUCGGGUGAUCGGCCGAGAUAAGCUGCCCGACCUCAACGACAGGCCAAAGAUGGCCUACGCGGAGGCGGUGAUACUGGAGAGCCAGCGCCUGGUGCCCGUGGUCCCGGUGAUCGGUCCGAGGCGGGUGCUCCGGGACACGGUGCUCCUCGGUUACGACGUGCCGCGCGAGACCGUCGUCCUCAUCAACUUGCACUCGAUCAACCACGACCCCGGCCUGUACCCCGAGCCGCGGGCCUUCCGGCCCGAGCGCUUCCUCGACAACGGGCUGCGGAGGAAGGACGACAACCUGCUCUUCUUCGGGAAAGGUAAGCGCCAGUGUCCGGGGGUGUCGUUGGCAAAGUCGGCGGUGUUUCUCAUCUUCGUGGGGAUAAUGCAGCGUUACGAGUUGGUGCCGGUGCCGGGGCAGGAGCCACCGAGUCUCCAAGUCAAGCCCGGCAUGACCAUGUCGGCCAAACCCUUUGACGUCCUCCUCGUCCCGAGGACCUUGGACUAG